AUGGCUAAAAAUUGGUACUCCAUCAUAGUUAAUGGAAAGAGGCAUGGUUUUUUUCACUCUACUAGGGGCCUGAAGCAAGGUGUUACACCUUUCCCUGCCCUAUUUAUUUUGGGGGCAAAGGUUCUUUCAAGGUCCCUUAACAGGUUACACAACAACCCUGAAUUCCAUGGUUUCUUUAUGGAGAUAAGAUGGCCUCAAGUCAAUUAUCUCAGCUUUGCAGAUGAUAUAAUUAUUUUCACUUUAGGAAGGAAAAAGUUUCUCAAGCUCAUUAUGCACAGUUUGAAGACUUAUGAAGAGACUUCUGGCCAACUUGUAAACAAGGACAAAAGCCAUUUCAUGAUUCAUUCUAAUGCAUUCAACAUCACAAGGGAUACGAUUAAAAGGACUACUGGCUUCAAGCAGAAGGAAGGGCCUAUUACCUACCUAGGCUAUCCUUUUUUUAUUGGUAGGCCAAGGAUUAUCUACUUCUCUGAUCUCAUUGGCAAAGUAAUUAACAAAAUCUCUGGUUGGCAGGCGAAACUUUUGAAUUAUGGAGGAAGACUUACUCUUGUUAAGCAUGUGCUCCAAUCCAUGCCCAUUCACUUACUGGCUGCUAUCUCUCCCCCUGUAACCAUUAUCAAGGAAAUCCAAAGCCUUAUGGCUUACUUUUUCUGGGGUUGGAGGAAUGAUAGGAAAAAAUACCAUUGGUCAUCUUGGAAUAAUUUAAGUUUUCCCUAUGAUGAAGGAGGAAUUGGUGUGAGAAACUUGAAAGAUGUAUGCAUUGCAUUCCAAUACAAGCAACGGUGGGUAUUUAGAUAUAAGCACACCCUUUGGGGUGAUUUUCUAAAAGCUAAAUAUUGCGAGAGGUCUAAUCCUAUCAGUAGGAAAAAGGGCCCCUGUGAUUCCUCAACUUGGAGACACAUGACACAGAACAAGCAUAAGGUUGAGGAGCACAUUCACUGGAAAAUUAAUUCUGGAAAUGCCCCUUUUGGUGGGAUAAUUGGCUAG